AUGAGUGAACACAAUAAGAGCUCAUCAUCAGAUGAGUCUUGGCCGAAGCUAGCUUUGCCAUACAAUGAAUUUGAUGCUUUGAUCUCGGACAUUAACAAUGAAGAACUUGUCGAGAUUGGGCUCACCAAGGGUAUUGGACAUCUCAGCUCCGGAACGUUUUCUUCCCCUGCUUUUCCCGUAACCGGAACGAUUCACGGCUUGAACAUCCGAUACAUGGUCCCUCUAAUUUGCCAACGUGCCGGCAAGCCGAAUUCUAAGGCCGUAUUCAUCUGGUUCUUGGUAGAUACCGGUUCUCCCUUCACUUGCCUUAGCGUCAAGUCGCUAGAAAGUCUCUUUGGUGAAGGCAAUGUCACUCAUUCUCGCUUCGAUGUUGCCAUCCAGGACGAGAAGAGCAGAAUCGAAUGUGAAGUUUCUAAAGCACAUUUUCAAGAAGUCAAUAUUCUUGGGGCGAAUGCCAUGAGAAGAUUGAAGUUGUCUAUCGUUGUGGAUUGGGAGGAGGAAACGUUCAAGCUCACCAAAUCAUGA